UCGACCUGGAAGUAUGCGGAGCCAGACACAUCCUGACAACAGACAGCCAGUCGUCCAUCAUCACAUUUCCUCUACUUUCCUGACCGCUAUCUGUGAAAGAGCAUAGCAGCCAUGUCAGACGAACAGCAAUCUCAGAAUGAGCCGCAGGAGGAGAGGCCACGAGUGACAGGUGUCGUAGCCCUGAAGGCUCAUGUUAUGGAGCACAAGGUGGAUACAGCCCUCUGGGCUACAAGAGCCCUCACCCUAAUAUUCUGCAUAUCCUACCUUAUACCAAUAUUUGGAAACCCUCACAGUAGUUACCAGAAAGUGUUGAUGAGCAAUGCUGCUACGUCUGCUCUGAGACUUCAUCAGCGAAUCCCUUCUGUUCAGUUCUCCCGAGAAUUUUUGACUCAGCUGCUCAUGGAAGAUUCUGCUCACUACCUUCUCUAUUCAAUCAUCUUUAUGUAUACAUCUCCAAUCACAAUGGUCUUGGCUCCAAUAUUCCUGUUCGCUCUGUUGCACUUUGCCAGUAACUCUCUCUUACUUCUUGAUCUCAUAGGCCAAAAUAAUGCCCUGGGAUCACGGUUCCUCAUCUCGCUGGUAGAAUUUCAGCACAGAAAUAUUCUUCGAGGAGCUGCAUUUGUGGAGAUAUUUCUGAUGCCUCUCUGCACUGUUUUACUUUUUCUAGGCAGAGUUAGUCUAUUAACUCCAUUUGUUUACUACCGCUUUUUGACCUUAAGAUACUCAUCUCGGCGUAACCCUUACACUCGUAAUAUGUUCCAUGAGCUUCGGAUGACCUUGGAGUAUACUGUCAACAAACCGGGGAUCCCAGUGUUUCUACGCAAUGCUGUAAAUCGUGCUAUUGCCUUCAUCUCGGGCAUGGCUCCUGCAGGUGUUUAUCAGUAACUUUGGUUGUAAAUAUUAUUUUUAGGGGUAUGUAGAUUGCAAUUAGAAAAUGGAGGGCAAAAAAUUUAUUUAAUUAAAAUUGUAAUAAACAGAACUUUGCAUGAUGAGGGAAUGGACAUUGUAGAUCUCUCAUUAAAAUAUUAAUUUAAAUUUUAAUUUUUAAUUUAGCAUAUUUGAGGACCAAUUAAAUGUUUUAUAAAACUUAUAAUAGUCUGUCAAAUGUAAUUUUGUUAUGUUAACUUUUUACCACUUAAGUAUCGCGAAAAACAAAUAUUUAUAAAAUAUAUAUAUGAAUUUUAUUUGAAAGUUUUUUAAAGUACAGUUUUAUGAGACUACACCAAAGUAAUUAUUCAGUGUUUGGCAGGGGUUCAUUGUUGAAGACUGUAACCAAAAUGUCUCCUCUAUGGAAUGUAAUUUGAAAUUUCAGAACUAGUAGCCUGAAUGUUGUGUCAAGGGGUAUUAAAUGACACUGGGUAAUUUGAAAUAUACUACAUUAACCCCAGAAGGAGUAAAAGUAAGUAGAGAUCUGGACACUUACUGAAAUGCCCAACCUCCAUCAGUAAUAGCAUUUUAGAAUAUAUAAAGUUAAGAGAUAUUUAAAUGAGGACUUUAUAAAUGGUGAACUGCAGUGCAGUGGUGGCUUGAAAACAGUGUUCUGCAAAAUUAGUAAAUGAACAUAAAAGUAGUUGCUAAAUAUGUUUGCCUGGGUCCAGUACUUUCAUCCAAACAUUGAAGACAAUGGGUUUGCUAACAUCCUUGACUAUUAAUGCCAAGCUUUAUGAGGAGCACUGUCAGUACACCUUUGGCCUUCUUAAAUAUGUAACCUACAGAAUGUAUUUUUGGAAUUGUAUUGCUUAAAUCUCUUAAAACAAAGAUAACAAUGUUGCCACAUCAUUAAGAGUAUUACAAAAUACACGUUAUAGUGUUCAUAUCAUUUGUAGAUUUCUUCAUUAGCCAAGAAUGGAGCAGUGUUGACAAUUUCAUUACAACUUUAGUGACUGGCUGCUGGUCUUUGACACCAUGAAUUAGUAUGUAAUAAGGUCUAAUUCUUGCAGAACUUGGUAAGAAAUGUUGGAAUGUAAAGUGAUCUUUGUGGAUUUUUUUUUUUUAUUAACUCUUUGAGGUGUGUGUGUGUGUGUGUGUGUGUAUGUGUAUAUACAUACACAUUCAAACAUAUACAUGUAUUCAUUGUGCAGUAGGCCCAUAGCACAUGCCUCAUCUUUCAUUUCAAAAGCUUUGUCAGUGAAACGUUCUACCCCAAGUUACAUGAUUGUAUAAUUGGGCCAAAAUAUAUAUAUAUACAAAUAGGCCCACAUGAGGUCGCUUUAUAUUCAUAUAUUGUAUACGAGCUUUCUCAAGUGGGCCCAUUCGAGGCAGCUCAUAUUUAUAUCAAUUUAAAUAGGUGAUGCCUCAAAUAAGCCUAUUAGACUAUAUGAGGGAGCUGUUAUUUAAAUCAAUAUAAUUAGGAGUUGCCUUGUGUUGGCCCAUUCGUGGCAGCUCCUAUUUAUAUAGAUAAGAGGAGCUGUCUAGUAUGGCCCAAAACCCCUUCUGCAUUUUAUCAAGUUAAAAUGAUGAUUGGUUGAUGUGGUAUACUUCAUUAUUUGAUAAAACUAUAUGAACAUCAUUGUAUAAAAUUCCAUCAUAUGCAUACCAAUCACGAUUACUGCAUUCUAAUAGUAACAUUUGUGACCAAAUUAACAAGGUAACGUAACCAUGAAAUGAUAGCAUGAGUUUUUUAAUGUGUAAGAAAAAAAAUGGUAAUUGCUGGGCUGUGUGUGUGUGUGUGUGUGUAUAUAUAUAUAUAUAUAUAUAUAUAUAUAUAUAUAUAUAUAUAUAUAUAUAUAUAUAAACUACAUCCACAUAGCACUAUUAUAUCCACAUUAGCAUCAUACGUGUAAGACCCAGACAAUAAUAAUUUAAUUGAACGUAUGACGAUAGCCACAUUACCCCAGGCAUCAAUGAACGGCAAUAACCAUCUUAAAGGGUUAUUUCAAUGAUUAAAUAAAGGGUUUAAUAAAUAGUUCAUUAAAUUAAUAAAUUAGUUAUAAUAAAAUUAAAUGGUUAAUUUUUAUCUUGUUGGUUUUCAUUUUGUGUUAUUGCUGGCACAAAUUACAUGUGAUAAACCCAUAUGUUAAAAACACCUGGUUUUAUUUACAAACGGAGGGCUGUCUGUGCAUUUAUGUGUUGGUCUUUUUAUAAAAAAAAUAUGAAUUGUAAUGAGAAAAAUGUUUACAUUAAAGUUUUCACUGUUGAGGGGCUGCAGAGUAUUUGCAUUCAUUAAUGUUUAAAAGUAAAAAAUGCAA